AUGCCGCUCUUCACUUCUCUACGUGCUCCUAUCUCACCCGUGAUCAAACCGCAACAUCUCGAGUCAUAUUUCUCACUCGUACAGGCAAUCACCAUGGCGAAUUCUCAAGCGUCAGCCGAUAGCUGGGAGGAGGAUUUCAAGGCGUGGCAAUCAGAUCGCCGAAGUGGUAAAGUUAAGGCUCGCAAUGAGAGCCGAGAUGAGAGAGUACGGAGGUUGCUCCUCUAUUCUCAGACCGAAGGUCUACCGCAUGCCCCUGAACCACCUUUACCUUCUUCAGGAUCGCACGAUAACGAACCAUUCUUUACAAAGUGGCAUCCUUGGGAAGGGUCUGAUUCUCGAAAGGAUCGGAAGUAUGCUACAUCAGAGACUGUCCGUCAUCCUGAACACAGAGAAGGCUAUGUGGGCGAUACGAACAGGGAUUGGGAAAGCGACCUGGAUCGUGACUUUGAGUGGGGACAGAAAAGCGGAGGCUCUCUUGAGGAUGAUCUUCAGGCUAUGGAUAUCUCGAAUGGCAGGGAGCUAUCCGAAUCGAUGUCGAAGGGAAAGCAAAAGGACAUGCAUUGGAGGAGCUGCGAGGGGCCCGAUGAAGACCUGAUGGAUAUUAGUGAUCUCGAGAAAAUCGCGGAUAGUCGCGAUUCGGAGGCUGAACUACGAGUCAGGGCCUGGGAGGAGCUAGCAAGCAUGGGUCUCAGAAAGCCCUUGAGAAUCAGACGUUCUCCUCAGGAGCCUGAGUCAACAUGGUUUGGCUCGGACUCCAGUGCUAAUAGCGAGCAAGGGGAAUCUCGUCGAUCUGGGUCCAGCAGGCCGGGAUACAGGCCCAGCCGUCUAUCAAAUGUGGAGACCGUGCAGUGA